AUGACGUCCACUGCUAACAGUUUGUCUUUUCUUGUAUCAAGUAAAGAUAAAAGAUAUUGGAUUUGCCAAGAGAGUGUACGUACAGCUUAUGUACAUACAAAUAUUGAUAAUAUUUUCAAAAAGUCAAGUGGUGAUCAUAAUCAUUUAUGUGAACCAGAAGUUGUAAAAGUAAAACAAUUUCGAAGUAAGCUGAAGAAUCGAGAUGUACAAGAAACAACAGCCAUUGGAAAAAUAUAUGAAGAAGAAAUAAUAAAAUCUCGUCUUUCAACAAGAACAUUAGCAACACUACCGCUAGUUCAAGAAUUACAGCCCGGUUUAUUAUGUGCACGACGUCAAUUAACACCUGUUUUAUCUUCUUCAUCAUCAUUUGAAAUUCCUGAUUCUUAUCAAUGUUUUUUCUACGUAGGCUUUCCAUGUGUAUUUGGAAUUCUUCCGGAUCGAAAGAGAAUCACUUACCAAGAAUUGUUCAAGAUCUUAAAAGAUUUUGCUAUAUCCAUUAAUCGUAAAUUUGAACCAACUCGUAUAUUAAGUGAUUUCGAGUCAGGUCUUAUUUCAGCUAUUGCUAAUGAAUUUUCAGCAGCCGUACACAAUGGCUGUUUUUUUCAUUACACACAAGCUAUUUUUCGUCGUAUACGAGCUUUAGGAUUAACUACUUUGUAUUUUCAAAAUAGUGAAAUACGUUCAUGUUGUCGUAAAUUAAUGGCAUUAGCGUUGCUUCCCAUUGAUAAAAUUGAAUCUUCUUUUCAUAGUCUACGUGUAAAAUCAUCUACUAUGGUGAACCAAGAAUUGCACCAGUUGUUUCUUUAUUUCAAUCAUCAAUGGCUUGUUAAUGUUCCGCUUAAAAUAUGGAAUGUCUAUGGGUGUCAUCAUAGAACAAACAAUAAUUGUGAAGGCUUUCACAAUAGGCUAAAUCAAAGGAUUCAAAAAUCACACCCGAAUAUUUGGAUGUUCAUUAAGCUCUUGCAAACUGAAGAAUGUAGAUUUCGUCAUCUACUUCUUCAAAUGAAUGCUGGUGCUCAAGCGCGAAAAAAGGUCCCUGUAGCGAAUAUGAUACAAAAACGUAUUGAUACAUUGUAUGAUAGAUACAAUGGUGACGAAAUGGACGUUGAUCAGUUACUUGAUGGUUUGUCGCUUACUAUAGCGAAACAAAAGAGACAAUAA